AUGCACUUGCAGUGGAAGUCACUCCUUCUUUUCCUUGCCGCCGCUGACGCCGUCCUGGCUAGAGGCCAUGGCCGCCAGCUUCGGCACCAUCUGCGCAGACACGCUCCUCCGGGCCCGGUUGCCCAGGAACAACAUCUUGACGCGAGAGACGCCGGCGUCGAGGCUAGAAACGUCAGGACAGUUGUAGACUUCGACGUCGUGACCGUCACUACCACGAUCUUUCCCAACAUCCCUGUCUCUACCGGCACUACUCUAACCACGACCGUUGCUCCCGCACCCGCGCGGACAUCCGCCGCCAACGACAUCGACAUCACCACAGCGGACAGCGACAACCUCGCCGUCAGCGUCGGCUUGGGCCUGGGUGUGACCGCGGGCGUGAGCAUCGGCCUGAGCGCGUCUGAACCAACCUCGACUACCAGCACCAUCUACACCACCACCAGCAGCACCACCAGCACACCCUCCUCAACAGCCGUCUCAUCCAGCUGGACCUCCACCCCCGCCAGCGGCAAAUUCUCCACCGCCGGCUUCGGCGGCGUGACCAACUCGUCCGGCAGCGGGAUCAGCUACGCCGGCAACGUCGGCAACCCCUGGGGCAGCAACAUCAUCGAAGUCAGCUCCUCCGCCGCCUCGCAGUACAAAUACGUCGCGCAGUUCACAGGCAGCAACACCGAGGACUGGACGGUGGUCUUCUGGAACAAGGUCGGGCCCGACGGCAAGCUGGACGGGUGGUACGGGCACUCCGCGCUGAACUUCACCCUCGCCGCCGGCGAGACGCGGUACGUGGCGUUUGACGUGAACUCGCAGGGCGCGUGGGGCGCCGCCGCCGGCGACUCCUUGCCGACGGAUGAGUACGGCGGGUAUGCGUGCACCUGGGGCGAGUUCGAUUUCGGGAACUCGGAGAACGACGGGUGGUCUGGGUGGGAUGUUUCGGCUAUCCAGGCGCAGUCGGCCGGGUUGACGGUGCAGGGAAUGAAGAUUUGUGAGCAUACGGGUGAGAACUGCUCGUAUAUCACGAGUGGGGUGAAGACGGUGGUGAAUGCGUACACGGAGGACAAGAAGGCGAUCGAUGGGAUUGGGGGCGCGGUUACGGCGGGCGCUGUUCGGUUGAAGGUGCAGGUGGAUUAUAGCGGGUAG